UCCCUAGUCUAGUGCAAACCGCCCCAGUCUUCCGCAACUCCGCCUGCACCGUAAUUUCACAUUAAAUACAUUAGGAGCAGCCCUCGCUUUAGCCCUUUUCCCCAACGAGUCUAUUUUGUUUUUUGUCUGUUUAAAUAGUCCUUUGUUUACAUGCAAUUCCUUACUCUGCGGAAGGAGGGUUAGGCAGUGCUGAGUGAUUCUUAGCAGCUGUUUCCCGCCUUGUAUGAGACAUCUGAUCAGCUGCAGAAAGUACACACACGCACACGUACGGACAGGGAGAGAGAGAGCGCCACACACACGCACAGAGGAAACCCCAUCAGCUGAGAGCACGAAUAACAUUACAACUCGUGCACACGAUACGGGGGGCUUGCAACACCAAUAUAUAAAAAAAAAAGAACAAAGCAGCGUGGAAUCGUGGAGGAACAUUAAGGGAGCUAACAGCGGAAUCGAAACUGGAGACGAAAGCAUGGAGUACUUCAUGGUACCGAGUCAGAAGCUGUCGUCUUUACAGCAUUUCAGAAAAACGGAGAAAGAAGUCAUCGGGGGGCUCUGUAGCCUGGCCAACAUCCCCCUGACGCCAGAGACCCAGCGGGACCAGGAACGGCGCAUCCGACGCGAGAUCGCCAACAGCAACGAGCGCCGGCGCAUGCAGAGCAUCAACGCAGGAUUCCAGUCCCUGAAAACACUGAUCCCACACACUGACGGGGAGAAGCUCAGCAAGGCUGCCAUUCUCCAGCAGACAGCAGAGUACAUCUUCUCACUGGAGCAGGAAAAGACUCGGCUGCUGCAGCAGAACACGCAGCUCAAGCGCUUCAUCCAGGAGUUCGGCAGCUCGUCCCCGAAGAGGAGACGCGCCGAGGAGAAGGACGAGGGAAUCGGCUCCCCUGACAUCCUGGAGGAUGACAAGGCGGAGGACCUGCGCCGGGAGAUGCUCGAGCUCCGGCAGCAGCUGGAUAAGGAGCGUGCCGUCAGGAUGAUGCUGGAAGAGCAGGCACGCACUCUGGAGGCACACAUGUACCCCGAGAAACUGAAGGGGAUCGCUCAGCAGGUGCAGCUGGAGCAGGAGCUGGAGAGCCUGGAGAGGGAGAGAGAGACACAGCCGCCCGCACAGACCUGCCAGCUGUUGCUGCCAGCCUCCCCCCCUGAGCCCACCCACCACGCCACAGUCAUCGUGCCAGCCCCGCCCCCAGCAGCGCAUCACGUCACCGUGGUAACCAUGGGGCCUACCUCCGUCAUCAACACGGUGUCCACAUCACGACAGAACCUGGACACCAUCGUGCAGGCGAUCCAGCACAUCGAGGGCACACAGGAGAAGCCCAGCGACGAGGAGCAGCGGCGAGCGGUGAUCGUCACGCCAGUCAGGGCUUUCUCAGAGCUCGGCCACGACUCGGACACGGCGUCGGACAGCGAGGGGGAGAGGAUGAGGGAGCUGCCCUGAUGGGAGGAGGAGGAUCUCGCUGCUGCUGCUGAUCGCGACGCUGCCGGGGGGAUGAGCCAUUCGGCACGGAGUGUCAGCUGAAUUUGCAACCCAACGCAAAUAGGUCUUUUUUUCAGACCUUACCGAUACUGUACAAAACUAAAGCAAGGAUUUUUUUUUUUUUUUUUUUUUUAUAUAAAUGUAAAAUCCCCUCCCCAAAACCCUAACCCAACCCCCUUUUUAUUUGUUUUUGUUCUGGGGAGGCUUUGCACAGCUGGACACUGUGAGGGAAUCGUUUUCAGGCUUUGGGUAGAGGAAAUGUUACGUCCGUUGGGUGUGCCUCACGGAUAUGUUGUGCAUACUGGAUUAACACACACACACACACACACACACACACACACACACACACACACACACACACACACCCCGAGAAACACUUUGAGGGUUUCCACUCAAAUCUCAUCCAAAUGACCCGUCUUAAAAUACCCUACGUGUUGUAUGCUACUUAAAAACAAAACAGCACUUAGCCAAGUUUACAUUUUAUUGAAGCCGUGAUGAUUGUGUUAGUUUAAAACUGAAAGACUGUCGUGCUGCUUUCUGAUGCAACAAGCUUUUGUGUUGUGAGGGCAUUAACAUCACAGAAUAAGCUAUUCCACAAGUAAAACACAAUGGGCUAAUGAGUCCAUUAACAUGGGCUGUGUAUUACAGUGUGUAUCUACCUGCGCGCACACACGCUUGUUCCUGAUCAAUAUUAAGCCCCACAUUUUAAUAUGCUGUAAGUUUACACCACAUCAUCUUGGGAUGCUAAGAUAUUUGUUUGGUUACUGGUGCAAAGUAUCAGACAAUUCAUCUGUACACUCACAAUCACACGCACACACACACACUGACACACUGAUGUCCCUGUACGUGUACGGCAAUUUGUAAUAAACUACAUGAUGAUUAUUA